AUGUCCGCCAGCUAUUGGGAAUCAACUCAGCGGCUUAAGUGGCAACAUACGAGGGAAAGCUUGUCAGCAGAAAGACGUCAAUUAUGGCUGUUGGAAUGCCAGUUGUUUCCGCAGGGGCUGACGGUGACCAUGGAGAACAGUAAAGGGCAAGGCGAGCCCGUGACGCGGAACAUACCGAUUACUAGCAUCGAAAUGCACUACGGAAGGGAUUAUAACCUCAGAAUCUAUUGCUAUUUUUUGAUAAUGAAAUUGGGUCGGAGGCUGAAUAUUCGGCAAUAUGCCUUGGCAACAGCGCAUGUAUAUCUUUCACGAUUUUUGCUUCGUGCCUCGGUCCGAGAGUGCAACUUGUACUUGCUUGUUACCACUUGCAUAUACCUUGCGUGCAAAGUCGAAGAAUGCCCUCAGCAUAUCCGAUCCUUGGUUAACGAGGCCCGGUCUUUGUGGCCCGAAUUUGUUCCACCAGAUCCAACCAAGGUGACAGAGUUCGAAUUUUAUGUAUUGGAAGAGCUACAAAGUUACCUAGUGGUUCACCACCCAUACCGCUCGAUGGAACAAAUUGUUCAGGCCUUACACACGGAACCUUACGGCUUGACACUGUCCGCCGAUGAUCUGCAGAACACAUGGUCGUUAAUUAACGACAGCUACAUUACCGAUGUACACUUGAUAUUUCCUCCCCAUGUCAUUGCCAUGGCUUGUUUUUUCGUGAUCGUGUGUUUACAGAAAAACCAAUGGUCUUCUUACCAAGAGACUUUCAACCGAUUCAUAGCAGAGUCGCAGGUCGAUUUAGCCGAAGUGAUGAAUACUAUUCAAGAUCUAAUUGCCCUCUACGAUUGUUGGGACAGGUAUAACGAGCCUUGGAUCAAAUUUUUAUUGCACUCGUUAUACUCGCGUCGCGGUUGA